AUGGCUGCUGAUGAUCAUGACCCCAUCGUCGUCUCGACUGCCACCGCCUGUGUGCAUCAAUCGGACCUCGAGACCUUGGGCGACGACGAGUGGGUCGGAGACAACAUUUUAGCCUUCCAUGCCGAGUGGCUCGACGAUCUCGGCACGCGGCUCGAUGAGGCCAGCUCCGCGCCUUCAGUCAAAAUGAUGCCUCCUUCCGUGGUCGAGCUGCUCUGCGCGCUCGACGAGGAAGCAGGCAACCAAGCAUCCUCGGUCGUGCCAACACCGUCCGAGCGCUUUCUUCUGCUCCCUGUCAGCGACCGCUACAGCUCCUCGAGCCCCGGACACUCGGCCGGCGGUAGUCACUGGAGCCUGUUGUUCAUCGACGCCCAUAAGGGCGACAGCUUCCACUUGGACUCUCUUGGAGACAUCAACCGCACCGCAGCCGACACGGUGCAGGACAGCAUUCGCACGCUGAUUCAGGCCAAGUCCGGCGGUACAUUGCGCCCAGCCAAACCACGCAACGUCGAAUGCCUCCAGCAGCAGGCCAACGGCAGCGACUGUGGCAUCUACGUGCUCUGUCUCUCCAGUCUUUUACAUCGUCGCCUCUCCCACGACAGUCCAUCGGACAGGCUCGAAGCCCUGGUCGAAGAGGUCUGCGAAUCGUCGACACCAGACACGGUGAUGAAAUUCCGGCACAAGUACCUCUCCUGGCUGCAAACAUGGGGCGAGGUGACGCAUCAUGAGGAGCACGUCCAGCCCGACCAGCGCAUCCGUGCACGCUUUCUCGAACUUUUUUCGGGUCUCGGUGUGGACCGUUCUACUCUUGCGAUGGCCAAGACGCUCGACCCGGUUCAGGCCGCGCGCAGGGCGGCCAUCCAGCGUGAGUCGAAGCGCAACAAAGAGCGCAAGCAGCAGGCCCAGCAGGCGCGCGAAUUGCGCCAAGACACCGCGCCACUCGAGCGCCAGAUCCGUCGCCUCGAGUCCCGACAGAAUACACUCAGCGAGGACGACCAGGAGGAGUUGCAGCGUCUCCAGCGCGAGGUUGCCGACGUCAAGCGCAUCAAGGAAGAAUACGUCCGCAACCAUCCGGAUCAGCGCAACUUUGUUCGCGGCUACGAGGAAAAGGCCUCCACCGAUUCCAAGCCUGGCGAGUUGAGCAACGCACCUCAGCAAACCGCAACAGCGACCGCUCGCGACAGCCAGAAUGCGCCGUCGCGGGAUCCGAGAUGGAGUAUCUACUACGAUCCGGUCUUCAAUCCAUACGGAGCACCUCCACCGGGCAUGCCUUACCUCGACAAGCCUCACUCGCAGCUAGUAGCCGAAGGACUUCUGGACGUGGCAAAGCCACCGCCGCUGCCCGAAGAAACGGCCGAUUUUGAAGAUGGUGACUCUGACGAAGACAGCGACGAUUCGAGCAUCGACGACGACCUCAAAGACAUUGUCAUGCCGGCAGGACCUCCGCCCAUCAAGCUUGCGUCUCAUCAAGGAGAGAUCCGUCCGAGCCCAGCGACAGCUGACCGAGGCCGAGCUGUGCGCGGCACGGGCAAGGCAAGAGGCCGGCCACCAGGCUCAGAGCAACACAGAGGUGGGAGACACGGUCCAGGCAAUGGCAUUGGCCGAGGCAUGGCGAGACCGAUCCACAGCGCCGCCGGACUCCCUGCGCGGCCUCCUCCUGGACUUCCGCAACGGCCUCUGGUACCCGUGGCAGCCGCAACAGGCUCCAGACCGCAAGCAGCUGCCCCCGCAUCUGGAACGCCCAAGCCACCAGGACCGCCGCCUGCAGUGCCCGACGGCGUCGUGAUCUCAGCAGAGCCGCAGCUCCGCGAUUUGAGGAAAGAGACCACGGCAUUCGUCCCGGCGGCGAUUCGCAAGAAGCAGCAAGAAGAAAAGGCAAGGAUGAAACGCGGACUUCCCGGCAGGAUCGAUGCAGCCCCGCUCUCGGAGAACAUGACCGGCCCGGCAGAUGCCGCUCAGAAGGAGCGUCCGGAUCUGCUCAAGUCUGUGCAGGCGCAUCUGCCCAGCAAGGCCGCCGAGGCUUCGGGAGGACAACAAUCGAGCGAGGGCGGCAGCAGUGCCCAAGACUACGAUCGAUUUCUGCGCGAGGUGGGCGAUCUGCUCUGA